AAUAGGUCAGCAAAAGAGAAGAGCAUUGAAAGAGAUGAAAACAGCAGAGGUCAAAACUGUGACAGGCAGGAGAUUAUUGACCUUGACGUCAGUGACGAGGUUUUAGAAGAGACCUGUAGCAGCAGACAGGAGAAUGAUGAGCAGGUUACAGAAAGGAGUCAUAGCAGCAGAGAGCAGCGUCAUGAUCUGGCUUUUGAAGGGACGAGUAGCAGGAGACUAGAUAGCGGAGAUUUGAAAUUCAGCAGUGAGGAUACUGAAGACUGGAGAACUGAGCCUGAUUUGAACCAUGCUGCUUACAUAUUUAGACGUUUUGUACUGCAAGAAGUGGAGGAUCAGCCAGAUCUUGUGGCAAAGAUGGAUCUACGUAAAAGUCCCGAAGAGAGAGAGAGAGAAAUACUGACAUUUUACAAAAAUUCCAUGACUAACUGGGCCCGUCCAUUGUCUGUUCUACUUGGAGGUGAUUCUGCCUUUGGAGAUGGGGUAAAACGCCAUUUUCUCUCCUUUGUUAUGUCAAGAGUACAAUACGGAUUUGGCCUAAAUCUUGAAAACUGUGGUAAAACAUUGUUCUUUAAUGGACAAGAAGACCAUUUGGUGCCUUCCACUUCUCGGCUCUUACUGGAUAGUGACCUUUUCCGUGUCAUUGGGCGCAUGAUUGGACAUUCCUUCCUGCACAGUGGACCCUUGCUCAACGGUUUGAGCCACUCAUUUUUCAAUCUGUUGAUUGGACAGAAGGAUGAGAUAGCUGUUGUAGAACUAGAGGACUGCCCUGACACCGACGUGACUGAUAUUGUUUUACUUCUUCAAGGGUCUGGAAAUUUGACAGAAGAUGAACAUGACCAAGUAAAUAACUUGGCAAUCAACUGGGAUCUCCCACCAGUAAAUGAGAACAACAGAAAAUGGUUGGCACAAAGCAUCCUUUACCAUGCAGUCAUUGGUCGGAGGGAAAAGCAAAUUCGACAGAUCAGACUGGGGUUAAAAGACACAGGAGUCUUGCGUAUGAUCAAAGAACGGCCUGCCCUGACUGAUGUUCUUUUUCCAAGAGCAUCAGCUCAAAUGAUUGAGCGAGAGAUGGUCCUCGACAGAAUUAUAUGGCCAACAGUUGACAGUGACGAUGAAGACUAUGGUGGCUAUAGUCUGGAGGACACAUUCAAGAUAACUGGUUUCUUUCGUCAGUACAUUGAAAAUGGCACACCAGAAGAGCUGAUGCAACUCAUUCAAUUCUGGGUGGGUUGGGGAAUUCUUCCUCAGAAUCUAUAUGUAGAGGUGUCCUCUGAUGUUGCAAUGCCAACUGCAUCCACUUGUAGAGAAACCAUCAAACUCCCAGCAAAAUAUAGCACUUAUGAGAGUUUCCAUAAGGACCUGAAAGCUGCUGUAUCAUCAAUAGAGAGUGGGUUUGGUUUGGUGUAAUUACUGUUCUAUGUACUAACAUGCAACUCUUC